AGGAAGGAAGGGGGUCAGGAAUGGCACGGGGAGGCGACGGGGCCGCGCUCGGACUCCUGUGAGGCGUUCGCGGGGCUCUCCGGGCUGUUCCCGUCUUUCUGGGGCGCAGGACUCUUUCCGGGAGGGACAGGCCUGCGUGGGGUGCCCCCGGGACCGUGUUCUGAGACCCCCGCGAGUCCCAAGGCUCGGCUCCCCUUCUGAGUUGAGUUUCUAACUUACGGACAGCGCUUAGGAAGUGGUCUCUCUGGGCGGAUGGGUCGGGUCUCGUGGGGAAGACGGGGGACUUGGAGGCGGUAAUCGAUCAUUUCCACCCCAGUCCUUUCCUUACAAGGGCCCGUAUCGUGGGAGUGAAACGCGCCUGACUCUUUGGAGAGGGUUCACUUGCGUCAGGAUUUGGAGGAAGAAGGGAAGAGGGCAGGCGAAGGAAGGAAGAGAGGAAGGAAAGGCGAAGGAAGGAAGUAACCGAUCCUUUUCACCCCUGUUGCUUUCUUACAAGGGCCCGUAUCUUGGGAGUAAAGUAGGUCUACCUCUUUGGAAAGGAGACCGGGUUCACUUCCGCUAGGAUUUGGAGGAAAAGAGGAAGGAAGACCUGUUAGGGAAGAGGGCAGGCAAGGGAAGGAAGGAAAGGGGAGAGGGAGAGAGUGAGGAAGGAAAGAAGGAGGGAAGGAAGGAGAGAGAGAGAGGAAAGGAAGGGAAGGGAAGGGAAAGGAAGGGAGGGAGGAAGAAGGAAAGAAAGAAGGAAGGAGAGAGAGAGGAAAGGAAGGGAGGGAGUGAGGAAAGAAGGAAGGAAGGAGAAAAGGAAGGAGUGAGGGAGAGAUGAAAGGAAGGAAGGAAAGAAAGAAGGUAGGUUGUUGAUUGCCUGUAUUUGGAGAGAGAGACUUGGGAGGAAUAAACUCUUCAAAAGUUUUGAGGAAGGGUGUAGCGUGGGGCAAACGGGGAAGGGUCCACUUUGCAAGGCCUUGGGAGAUCAGGGAGAUCCUGGGGAGGGCGUUACUGAGAGUGGGCCCUCCACCAAGAGCUUAAUUCGGACAGACUUCGGAUAGAGUUUUGGGGCGCUGGUGCCAGAGAGCCAGUGGCGCGGCCCUAACUGUGAGUUCCAUCCAGGCCGCUCUGGGGGAGAGAAGGGGCGAGGAGCGAGUUUUCCAGCCGGGGAUGGAGCUGCGCUCCGAGAUGCCGCCCGUGCCGCCUGGACAGGCCCCGGGGCCCCCGGGCUCGGUGUCUGCGGCGGCGGCGGCUGCUGCGGCGGCGGCGGCCAGCCUCCCGGUGAGCGUGGCCGGGGGCCUGCUGCGUGGCCCUCCGCUGCUCCUGCGCGCGGCCGAGAAGUACCCGCGGACGCCCAAGUGCGCGCGCUGCCGCAACCACGGCGUGGUCUCGGCGCUGAAGGGCCACAAGCGCUACUGCCGCUGGAAAGACUGCCUCUGCGCCAAGUGCACCCUCAUCGCCGAGCGGCAACGCGUCAUGGCCGCCCAGGUGGCGCUCCGACGGCAGCAGGCCCAGGAGGAGAACGAGGCCCGGGAGCUCCAGCUCCUCUACGGCACCGCCGAGGGGCUCGCCCUCGCCGCCGCCAACGGCAUCCUCCCGCCGCGCCCGGCCUACGAGGUCUUCGGAUCCGUCUGCGCCGCCACCGCCUCCACAGCGCCCGAAGCAGCAGCAGCAGCAGCAGGAGGAGGAGGAGGCAACGGAGGAGCAGGAGGCCCAGGACCUACAGAGGUCAAGCUGCAGAAGUUCGACCUCUUCCCCAAGGCGCUGCUGCCCCCCCGCUCGGCGACCCCUCAGCAGCAGCUGCAGCAGGGCAAGCCCUUGUCCCCCGACGGCGCGGACGGCGCUGCGGGCCCCACCUCCUCCUCCUCCCCGGAGCCUCCUCGCUCGGGCUCGGAGAACGGCGACGGCGCUGGCGGCGACUCUUCCCUCGGCUCCCCUCUUUCCAAGGGCGCCAAGGACGGGGCCUCGGCGGGGGGUCCGGAGGAGCAGAGCCCCUUGGGGUCCAUCAGCCCGCUGGGCUCCGACUCGGGCUGCUCCGAGGCCGAGAGAGAAGACCCCGGAGUCGCCUCGGCGGGGCUGGCAGCGGCGGCGGCGCGGAGCCACCAGCAACAGCAGCGGACGCCGCUGGACAUCCUGUCGCGGGUUUUCCCGGCGCACAAGCGCAGCGUCCUGGAACUGGUCUUGGCCGGAUGCGGAGGAGACGUGGUGCAAGCCAUCGAGCAGAUUCUCAACAACCACCACCAUCACCACCACCACCAUCACCACCCGCAUCUCUCCUCCUCGUCCUCCUCCUCUUCCUCCUCCUCGGACAAAGCGGGAGAAGAAGGCUGGGCCUCGGGACAGCCCUUGGGCGCCCCUCCGCAGCCCCACCACCGCCCGCUGCUCACCGGGGCCAUGACCCCCGCCAUCGGCGCCCUGGGAAGCCGCUCCGCCUUCUCUCCCUUGCAGCCCAACGCCACGCACUUCGGGGCGGCCGCGGCAGCCGAAGCCAGCGCCUACCCCUUGGGCACGCACUUGGGACUCAGCCCGCUCCGCCUGGCUUACUCCGCGGCCGCGGCGGCGCACAGCCGAGCCGGCCUGGCCUUCAUGGCGCCCUACUCCACCGCCGGGCUCAUGCCCACCCUCGGCUUCCGCCCGCCCGUCGAGUACGCCUUCAGCGACCUCAUGCGCGACAGAUCCGCCGCCGCCGCCGCCGCUGCAGCCGCCGCCGCCGCCGCCGCUUCCUCCGCCGCCAAGGAGACGGCUUAUCCCAACGGGCUGUACGGGCCCCUGGGGGUCAGCAGCGCCCCCGAGAAGCAGCCCUGAAGCAGCCCACGGCCUUGCCUCGCAGGCAGGGGCAAACUUGGGCCCUUCAGGGUUUGG